GCUGUUUUUUGACAGUUGUCGGCCACCGUAGAACCCACACGUGCGCAAUGUAAUAUUCAUUUCGGUAUACUCGGACUGAGCUUAACGUAACUUCAAACCACCGGAGACCCAUGCUUUUGCCAAAAAGGGCUGCUUGUCGACUGAAUGAUGGCAUGUCCGGAGCAGCGCUGUGUGUUUUCGCUGUGUGCGGAUGAGACGGUGACCGCCGGGCUGAGAGAGGUGUCCGGACCGCUGGGUCACCCUGAACCUCCCCAGCCCUCUGCUGCUGCCUCCAGUGAGGAUGCGGGCUCAAAGAAGACCUCGGGCGAGGUGUCAGACAAGAUGUUCUGCUCGGCCUGUCAGUGUCCUUUUGAGAGCCGAGAGGACCAGAUGGAGCACUACAAACUCGACUGGCACCGCUUUAACCUGAGACAGCGACUGGAAGGAAGAACAGUGGUCAGUGUGGAAGAGUUUGAGAAGAAGACCGGCACGGGCGAUAUUUCAAGCAUUUCCGGUUCAGACUCAGAGAGUGAGGAUGGGGAUCUUGGAGAUGAAGUGAGCCCUGAAGAGACGGACAGAGCUCUGGACACGGAUCAGUCCACGUGUCGACUUUCUACCAAAGCAGUCUUUCAAAACCUGCAUGGACAGUACCUGGUAUUGUACCGCUGUGUUCUGCAAAACAAGAAAGACAAUGAAGAAGACUUGGUUUCUUCUUUACUGAAAAUAUCAAACAGCACUAUUUGGGUCAUUCUGAUGACGGGUGGUGGACACUUUGCUGGAGCGGUUUUUAAGGGAAAAGAGAUAGUGCAGCAUAAGACGUUUCAUCGAUACACAGUGCGAGCGAAGCGAGGGACCGCACAGGGCCUGAGGGACGCUCAGAACCGCAGCCACGCGCCUAAAUCAGCAGGAGCGGCCCUCAGGCGCUACAACGAGGCAGCGCUGCACAAGGAUAUUCACGAUCUUCUAGAAAGUUGGGCUGAGUAUUUGAAGGAGGCAAGUGCUGUCUUCCUGCGAGCACCAAGUUAUAAUAAAACCAUAUUUUUUGGUGGUCGUGGAGCACCGCUGGACAAAAAAGAUCAGAGAGUCCGGGUUCUUCCUUUUGCCACCCGUAGAGCAACGUUUAGAGAAAUACAGAGGGUUUUUGAUCUCCUUUCAACUCUACACAUUUAUCAAAAGGACACUGAAAUCUCCAGUAUCUUCAGUCCUUCAAAGAGAGUUUGGAAGAAGAAAACUCCUAAACCUGUUAGUCAUCCAGUCACAAACAUCAAUGUGCCUACAGAAGGAGAAGAGCUUAAGGAAAAAAGUUCAGAGGAGGAAGACACGGGAAUGCUAGUGACAGUGGAGGAGACGCUGGGAACUCUGGACCUCAGAGAACAUGAAGUCCAGCUUAAUAAGAAGAAAAGGAGGAAACGGAGAGAGAAGAGAGAAGACUCGAGGAACAGACAAAUAACUGAAGAAAAUUCAGAUGAUGAACUACUGGAAGAAGGUGAAGGGGACUCUAAAGAAACGCAGAGAAAAUCCAAGAGCAGGAGGAAACCGAAAGGCAAAAAACAUCAGGCAGAAGAAGAAAAAGUAGAUGAGUCUUGGGAAUAUAGUUUGAGGGACGCUCUCUACACCGCCUGUAAAACGGGGGACAUCGCAUCAUUACGCACCCUCCUGCAACUGCCAGAGGACCAGGAAGAGGAAAAGGAUAGAGAAGAGAAAAGUACCAAAGAGAAUCCUCCUUCGAGAGUUUUGUGUCUUCUCAACAAGCCCAUAGACUCAGCAGGCUUUACUUUGCUGCAUGUGGCAUCAGCAGCUGGACAGAAAUCAGUCAUCAGACUGUUAAUGGAUGAAGGGAGCGAUCCAGCUAACAAGGAUAAGAAAGGACAGACUCCGUUUGGUGUUGCUCCUGAAAAAGACACCCGCAACGCAUUCAGAAAAUACAUGGCUGAACACCCUCAUAAGUAUGACUACACUAAAGCACAGGUGCCUGGACCACUGACUGAAGAAAUCGAGUCCAAAAAGGCAGAGAAGAAGAAAGCCCAAAAAGCAGCCCGGAAACAGAAAGAAAAAGAGCAAAAAGAAGAGAAACUCAAGAAGCAACAAGAAGAGGAGGAAAAGAGGAGGUUCAUAGCUCUUAGUGACAGAGAGAAGCGAGCCCUGGCUGCAGAGAGGAGAUUAGCUGAACAUAUGGCCACGACUGGAGUAACACUCACUACCAUCAGGAGAUGCUUUCAGUGUGGAGAGUCAUUACUGGGGAAGAUUCCUUUUGAGUAUCUGGAGUACUCCUUCUGUUCCCCUCGCUGUGUCCAAGCCCACCGCAAAGCUCAUGCUGCCGCCCGGCCCUGACCUCUCGCCUCCUACCACGCAGCAUUAGAGGACGUGAAGGUGCGGUGCCAUAUCUUACAUGAUCUGGGAGUUGACUGGAUUUAACGAGAAACACAUCCAGGAUUUCAGUUACCUUUGGAAAUAACAAGUAUACGAAAGAUUACCUGAUAUCAGAGACGAUAGUGAUUUAAGAUUCAUUCAGAAAAACCUCGAAUAUCUGGAGUACGACGUGGCUACUCUGAUAUUGUAUUACUUUUCGAUUCAGUCAGGACUAUCCGAACUGACCAACCACUGUGAUUCAAAAAAGGGCUGUAUGUUCAUGAGAGAAACAGCUUGUUAAAAAUCAUGGUUAAUUCAGAACUGUAAAAUCAUGUUGUGAGUUAUGUUUUACAGUUUAAAGCUCUCCAAAGUUUGUUGAAAAUGUCGAAUUUUAUUCUUUCACGUUGUUUAGCAGCUGUGGCAGCUUGAGAUUGUACAAAUACAGUUAAUCAUUGUUAACACUAGCAUGGUUUACUAUAAAGAAAAAAGUUAGGCCUAUAUGAUUGACAGCAGAGAAUGCUACAGUCGCUGAAAUAGACAAAAAAGACAAAAGGAUGUUUUUUUUAAUCGAUCAUUCGUUCAUUUAUUUCCAAGUAACUAGAUGCAUUUAUAUUAUUCCAGAUAUUUUACAUCAUGACCGUCCCCCUCAAGAACGUUGAAUAUGAAGUUAUGACACUUGAGAUUUAAAUCAUCUUAAUUAAAGCAGCUAAACUUUAAAGCACAUCAAGGUCUUGUCAUAUUAGAUUUGUAAAAGUGCUAAAAUUAACUUCAGCAUCUUGGUGUGGAAAAACUAGCAUUUUUACCAUUUCUUAAAAAAAUAAACUGACAGCAAAUGUGGCAAAAAA